GUGAAUGAGUAACGAACGCGUUGCAAGUGUUUAGGUAUUUUUUCUGCUAUAUGCGGACGAAAAUUUUCAAUUGCGGAAGCGAUAUGAAUUUUUAAUUGUGUAAGAAAACAAAAAUAAAUAAGUUAUUAGAAAGAAAUAAAAAUUUUAAAAACCAAUAAACUGUGCAAGUGACAGAAUUGACAGUGCAAAUUAGCGUGCAGAGUAAAAAAAAAACAAAAAAUAUGAAAAUAUAAAUAUUAAAUUUAUAAUGAUUAAAAAAAAUAGUACUAAAAUACUUUAACUGCAAAAAAAACCUUUUGAGUGCACACAAUUUUCUUGUGCUGCACCACACACACACACACCAAACUUUCUAUAAGAAAACAGAGUGAAAAAGUGAUUAUUUAUGCGCAACGCAAAUGACGAAAAUCGAUUUUCAGAACAUAAUGCUCGUAGUACUCGUACAUACAUACAUAUAAUAAAUAUAAAUAAAUGAGUGCAGCACAAAAAAAAAAGAAACAAAACGUAUAAAUAAAACUUAAAUUAAUGCGCGCAGAAAAAGCAAGCGCAGCAGUAAAAAGCUGUGAACAGCAGCAGUGAAAAAGUUUCCACAGCAUUUCCACCAGCAGCAGCAACGCGUUGCAGCGCGCAACAAAUUUGUAAUUUAUUAAUUUAUUACACUUCAGUUUGCCAACGUUGUGCGCCUGCUUCCGCCACCCAGGCUCCUUAAUGUUGAAAAUUGACAUAAACACACAGUUACUCGUACCAUUUAAUGCACAAAAACCCCAUAAACUCGUAUAAAAAUGUGCACUACUUAAAACAUCGCGUGUUUUAAAAACUACAACAAAAAUUAAACCCCCAAAACGCUUUCAACAAUGGAUAUGACAAAAGACAUUAUUGAUUAUACACAAAAACAUACAGAUACAGCCGAACGCUUAAUUGCCAGCUAUCAAUCGCCAGUGUCCGAGAUCAGCGACGGAGAAGCGAGCGCACGCGCAUGCGCCACAUCCUCGCCAUUUCAAGUGAGCACCAACAUUGUUGACGCCAAAUUAGUUAACUCACCAAAAGCACAUAACGAGCUAACCAUCAACACAGUGGCCAGUGAAAUGCAUACGACAGCAGCUGCACCAGCCGCUUCGCCACAAGCAGACGCCAUGGAACAACAGCAGCAGCAGCAGCACGCGCACGUGUUUGCAAGCGCCACCAAUGCUGAUGCAACAGCUGACACAAGCGCCAAGGCGCAACCACCAAUACAACAGCCACCGAAAAAUACAGGCGCAGGCACGGGCGCCGGCGCUGUGAUGAGCGGUGACAUAACACCACCGCCACGCCCAUUCACCACCAGCGAGGUGGUGGGCCUGAGCAGCGC